CAGCGUGACUGACUGGCAGCCAAAGGGAAACACCUUAUCUUAUCUCGGAUUUAUGCAAAUGUUUCAAGGCUCAGCAUGCCUCCGUCCGUCUGGAGGAGGAAAAGGGAAGAAAUCAUUUUCCAGGAGGGAGGUGCUAACAUCAAGUCCGUGUCAAAAGUUACUGUACUUCGCUUCGGAAACAUUAACGGGAGUUUGAAGAGACUUCUGUCGACAGAUGGGACACGGAGAGACGGAGAGGAACACUGAAGUCUGUCGAUGAACACCACCCUUCAACUGUGUAACACGCCUUCUAUGCUGCUGAAAAAAGUCCCAAAUGCUCCAGGAUGGAUCAGGUACUCCCCAGCCAGAGCUCAGCGUCACAACUGCUCGAACCAGACAGCGAGGAGCUCCAGCUCAGAGUGGACUUCUUCAGGAAACUGGGUUACCCCUCAGACGAGGCGAUGGCUGCCCUGAGGAAGCUGGGCCUGAGCACAGACACUAACGCGGUGCUGGGAGAGCUGGUUCGGAGCAGGACGGGCACUACGCCCUGCUUGCCCAGUUCUGACGGUCACGAGAGGAGCACAGGGCAGAAGGACCCUCUGCUGCCGGCCAGCUGGGCUGCUGGACCCUUCAGAGUCACACCACAACUGGGAGAACAGAAGAACACAGACACAGAAUUGAGGCCUGUUGUUAUUGAUGGCAGCAAUGUUGCCAUGAGCCACGGCAACAAGGAAGUGUUUUCAUGUCGAGGCAUCCAGCUCGCAGUGAACUUCUUCUUGGAUAGAGGUCAUAACACCAUUACCGUGUUUGUUCCCAGCUGGCGCAAAGAGCAGCCCAGACCUGACGCCCCCAUAACAGAUCGACACAUCUUGACGGAGCUUGAAAAACGGAAAAUAGUGGUCUUUACUCCAUCGCGACGCGUUGGUGGCAAACGAGUGGUUUGCUAUGACGACCGCUUUAUCAUCAAGUUGGCGUACGAGUCCGAUGGAGUGAUCGUAUCCAAUGACACCUACCGUGACCUCCAAGGAGAAAGACCCGAGUGGAAGAAAUGCAUCGAGGAGAGGCUCCUAAUGUUCUCCUUUGUGAAUGACAAGUUCAUGCCCCCAGAUGACCCUCUGGGUCGCCAUGGCCCCAGCCUUGACAACUUCCUUCGGAAAAAGCCUCUGCCAACGGAGCAAAAGAAGCAGCUUUGUCCAUAUGACAAAAAGUGCACUUACGGCAUCAAAUGUAAGUUCUACCAUCCAGAGCGGUCGAACCAGUCCUACCAGUCCUUGGCUGAUGAAUUGAGAGAGAAAGCCCAGAUUUCUACUGCAAAAGAAGAACGAAAUGCCAGAUUAUCACCCAAACAGCUUCACUCUGAUCCUGGGCCUGUUCACAAUGCCUUUUCCCACCCUCAAGACUCUAACGCAGAGCACGUAAGAGACAGGCAAAGUUCUUCACAUCCCGGCCAGGUUUAUGAAAAUGCACUGCUGUACUGGGAGGAUCCUAGAAAAAGUCAAAAUCGUAUGCCCUGUGCUGUAACAGGAAGCCAGUGUCAGAAAGAGUGGCCUGGGCUGCACUCUGUGCCCAAUCAUUACUAUGCCAACAUCUCUCAUGACUACCUGGAUUCUGGCCUCGGCUCUUAUGACAGUCAGUACUCUGACUUUUCGCAUUGCCUCAGCAACUCCCACAGGCACAAGCCCCAGCAGCAAAGUUCCCUCGCUGGACCCGUACAUGCCCCAGUGCAGUUAGAGAAAAAUAACACCAGCCAGUCUUGCAAGUGCUGUUCCCAUGUAGUGCCCUCAACAGCGCACCAGCGACAUCACCGACACCAAAACUCUAAGGGUCAACCCGAAUACGACACCUACCCUCCUCACAUGUUCCCGCCUGGUUUGCCCCACCCCAACAGCCUCCCCAGCCAGCUCCAUUACAGUGGAGCCCCACAUCAUCAGCAAAGUUACUGGUCAGAUCCUUUUCAGGGGCUGCCCCAAGCCAGGUCCGGUAGUCUCCCCUGUUCGGCCCAUUCCUCACACUCCCAUAACUCCUGCGGCUCUUACAAAGGCCACCAGUACAACUCCUGGGGCCAGCAGCAGUCCAGCUCUCCUGCGUUUGACUCAAAAAGGUUGGAGCUCCGCAAGAAUCUGCAAGCCAUCUUCAACCCGCAACAGGUGGAUACAGUCAUGGAAAUGUUUCCUCAUGUGAUGAAUGCAGAGAAACUGGCUGCAGAGAUCCUCAACCUGAAGGCUCAGAGAGAGAUAUUCUGAUAAUCCCUCUGAUUACUUUCUUGCCUUGCAUCCUCUUCAGUCAGAACUAACAUGACACUUGUGUUGACUCACUGUCAUGGCAAACAGGCAGUCUCUUGAGAACCUUUUGUAAUGUCUGUAGAGGAGUGAUUUGAAACCUCAUUGAAGAGAUGACUCUGUGUAACGUGCUAUCACGUUGCCUUCCUAUUUAUGAACAGUGGAGCCAAUCUUUUAAAUGCAUUCAUAUGACAAUGUAGUCAAAUGUGACCUUGUCAUCCAGUGUUUUGGAUGAAAAGUGCCUCUAGAUGAAAAGUUCUAGAGUUUUGACUGUUGAUGCAUAUUGUGUCAAAUGUGAUUUAUUUUAAUCUUUGUCCCAAAAUAAGUUCUCAAGCAUUUAGGGAAUCACUGUAUAAGGGCAUGUUUCCACAUAGCAUUCUUCUUUUGCGGAAAAGCUAUGCAAGUGCACUGAAGAGCCUUUCAUCCUAGCACUUUUUAAAUUAUUCGCAUUUGCAUGUGGGUUUGGUUUCUAUGACAAUACCUUGACAGCUAAAGGAGCGGCAUUGACGGCACUAGCACCUUUCUGAAAAGUUCAGAGAUUUUCAACUAGAGGCGCUCAGAGCACAAAAAAGCCAGAGCGCUCUAAAAAAAAGACUCACUUUCCCAUACGCUCUCUUUUCAUUGGGAAUAAGUGGAAAAAGAGGUUGUCACUGAGGAAAAAAACACUAUGAGGACACAGGCCCUAAAGUAUUAUUUUUUUUCUUUUACUUUCACUGUAGUUCUCCAGAAGAGCUUGUUGUAGUUCAAUAUUAUCUCUGUGAGGUGUUGCUAAAGUAUGAUUAAGUAUAGUAGCUCAGGGCAUUUAGUUGGUGUCAAUCCAGCCGGAGAUCCAGACUCUCAAAUUGUACUUACAGAAUGUCCUGAUCUAACAAGCAAACUGAGAAGAAGGCUUUGACUCCAGCAAAAGGAAUUUGCUGGUGUGUCAUCACGCUUUCCUGUAACUCUGCAUCAGUUUGAUGAAACAUUGUCAGAACAAGUGUUGCUGUAAUACGUCACAUGUAUUUGUGUGAUUGCGAAAUGAAACUGUAAAAUUUUGGUAUUUAGUUCUCAGGAACAUACAGAUUUACCUUCUCUUAGAAAAUCCAUUUGUAUAUAUUAUGAGAUAAAUUCAUAACAUGUCUUGAAAAAAAAACAUGUCAUUAAAAAUAAAAAAAUGAAA